ACUGCGAAUGCCGUCAUAGCUGGUGGUGUUGCAACCAAAGACUUGGUCUUUGUCAGUGGAACUACGCCAUCGAUUAAUGGAACAAUUCCAAACGGAAUCGAAGCUCAGACAGCUGUUGUAAUCAACGACACAGCUGCUAUUCUAGAAGAAGCAGGGACGUCGUGGAAACAUGUUUUGAAGACGACAGUAUACCUUGCCGAUAUGGAUGACUUUUCUGUCAUGAAUGCAGUGUACGGAAGCAUGUUGCCCAGUCCUAAGCCGGCCCGAAGCACCAUCCAGGUUGCGAAACUGCCUGGGGAUUUCGUUAUUGAGAUUGAAGCAACAGCCGCCAUUCCG